AUGAAUAUUCACAAAAAAGAAAACUUAUCCCUCUUUGAGCCAGAAACAACUCAUCAAAACGAUUACCGUGUCCCACCUCUCGAACCCUACGUAAAACAUCGCUGGUCAUCUGCCAGAGAUGAGAAACAUGAUUUACCACCGCCAACACACCACCUGUACACAUGUUCGGAAACAUUGACCAAACUGCGUGGUGAUAAAUAUGUCCCAAUGAAUUUAUUAUGGCGUACGCGUCCAAUAGUUGAUCCGCAAAUGGAUGUGUGUGAUAUUCCUAAAGAAAUGAUAGAUAGACGCAAAGAAGAGGUGAUUAAGACACGGCCAAGGGUUUAUAUGCAGAGUGCAGUGAGUGUUGAUGAUGUCGAUGAUCCAGAAGUGAGGAAUUUAUUACUUUCGUAUAUGUAUACGACUGAUUCAAGACGCGCGAUGAAGGAAGCACAUGAUUUUAUUGAACUAGAAAAAAAGAGUGGAAUCCAUUCCGAUUAUCCCCACCCCUGUCAAAUAAAAGACGAAGGUGUAACACGAUUUGUUCCAUCAAUCAUCCCUCCAAUUGACAAAGACACGAGUAAAGUGUUCAAAACAUGGGAUCACAAACAAAUGCGAGCCACAGUUGAUCCCACUGUGAAUUACUGGACGAGAUUUUAUCAAAACAAAACUCCCGAAAAACCCCUGACGUCAAUAAUCGCGCCUGAAACAAUCGAUCGCCUCACAACCCUCAUUGAAACCGACAAAUUGCGUUUGCCGCACAAUAAAGGACUCGAGGGUUAUUGCGGCUAUCAACCGGACAUGACAAGCAUUGACGCGCAGAAAAUUGAACUACCAAUGCAACAUCCGAUGCACACAACGAACGACACUGUAUUUGUCAAUCACUUUGACCACGCUAACAAUAACUAUGAAAAGUAAUUAAAAUUUCCGUCAUAUAUA